AUGGCUCCCAGCGCGCCGCCUCCCUCGCCUCCCGCUCGGGGCUACCGCUUCCCUCCCGCCCUCACGGCAGUGGGUUCCCCUUCCCCCCCCCCGGGCCUCCUCCAGGCAGCGGGUUUCCCCCCACAGGUAGCCGCGCUGCCGCGGCGCGCAAACGGGACAAGGGCGGCGGGAGCGGCAGCCCCCUGCCCCCUUAUCGGUGGAGGGCCCGGUUAUCUCCUCGCUGCUGGUCCUCCCGCCCUAUCGGCCCUCGCCAGGGGACGAGGCACCCCUCGCAGCCUGUGCUGGGGCAGCUGCCAUGCCUCCUGCUGUUCGGCGACCGCCCGCCCUCAUGCCCCCGCGGGGAGCCGCUGCCGCAGCUCCUCGCACCCCGUACGGAACGGCCGGGCCGCGCUGGGCCCCCCGAGCACCCCCCGCGGCUCCCCAGCCCCUCUGCCCGGCUGGCUCCGGGGGCCGAAGGUGCCUGCUCCCCGCCGGGGAGCACCGGCCCCAGUGGGGGAGGCCCCUUCACCCACCGGGGCUCCUCAGGAGCUGGCUGGUCUCUCUGCCGCCCGCCCCGGCCAGAGCAGCCCCCGAGCUGGGCGGCCGUGGCCAUGGCGGCUCCUGAGGAGCCUCUCUCGGGUUGCACCAGCUUCGGUGUCGUCCCUGUCCGCCUGCAGUCGGGACCGGCCGCUCCCUCAGGCUGAAGACGUGGUAAUUGCGAGCUGCUGCUGCUGUUUGCAUUUGGUGGCCCCGCACGGGAGUGUGGCCUGGUGGGGCUGGAGUCACGGGGACUGGCUACUUGCCACUGUUUGUAGAAGUCGUUCCUUGGACUUUCUAUCAAUCAGACAUUCCUUUCAAGAAAAUACCUUUAGUUAUUUCGGCACACUCUGGCCUUUGGUUUAUAUCUUACUCAGUUUUUUACAAUCCUCAGUGUUUAUUCAAGUAGUUGUGGCAUUUAGGUCCUUUCUACAACACCUAGUUCAGAAACCCAAUUUAAACGCAAUACUUGAGGAAACAGGCUAUGGUAGACAAAGGCAAAAGGAUUUGAAAUAAGUUUCAUAAGCAACGUUCUGUUAAUCCCUGAACAGUUCUCGCAGAGACUAAAUUCCACUUAAAUGAUUUUUGCUAGAAUUCAUGGUGAAGGCUUCGCUUUGCUGCAUCUAGCUGUACUGCAUCCCUGUGGCCAUCUGGCGAGUACUGCAUCUCCAUGGGUUCUCUGGUUUCCAGCACACAGCGGAGCCCCUGGGCUCAGGGACAGCUGCCCCGUCUCCGUGUAUGAGGACAGGACCGCCACCCCCAGUGUCAACGCCGGGAAAAGCUGAUGAGCCCGAAGUCUGGCUUUGACUGUCGUCUGGACCUAACGAUGGGAAGUGCCACUUGUGGGGUCCUGACCCUGACCCUGCACAGGGCCACCAGCUCUGCCCUAGACCCUGGAGCAGGACCAAAGAGUCCUACCUGCCCUGCCCCAUGGGAUGCUCUGGCUGCAGCCCCCCAGCACCUCCAGUUACGGAGCGUUAAGGUCAAGACUUAUUUUUCCAGCUCACAACUAUACAUUAGAAAACACACAGGUAAAGACUUUUGAAACUGUUUUUCUUCUCGUAAUGGCAAGGUCACUUUUGUUUUGUUUUUGAAAGCAACAAACUACCAUAUAGCAGUUACUAAAAGAAAUGGAUGGGGGAAAAUGAAUGUUGAAACAUGAGAUGAUUCAAAACUGGCUUAUUCUAGUGCUUGCGAGGAAGCAGGUCCUUCAGCAGCGGUGUCUGUGAGUAGCCCACCCGUGUUUUGUCCCUGAGGCCACAGAGGCCUUUGACACUCCUUGCACAUCCAGACAUCGUGGGAAGCAAGUAGGGAGCCAUGCAACGAAAGGGAAGGUCUGCAGGCUACAGCUUCCGAGCCUGGUCCGUACCAGAGCCAGGAAAACAGCUUUCCUGCAGAAAACAAACCUAUGGAAGCGUGCUUCUGUCCUGAAGCUGUGCCCGUAGGUGUGACACGGUGCAGAUGCUCUGGGGACCAUUCCCUCGCCCCAGGAGGUCCUUCCUCUCCUUGCCGCCUGUCCCAGCUGCCGCGGCGCGCACCGCUCCGUGACACUCCUCCUGCAUGAGCAUGGCAUUUCUGUGCGGUGGCUUAAAUCUCCCAAAGGAGACAAGGCAAAUCCAUAAUGUCGCCACCACCACCUUUGAGUCCCACCUGGCACAGCCUUUCUGCUGCCCUUCAAACCAGUUGGCCACUGCCAAAGUUCUGUGGGCACCUCUGCUGGGGGGGACACCCCAGAGCCACCUCCCAGUCCCGUGGGGAUCUGGUCUGGGGCUGGUUCUGCCAGUUCCGCAGCAUAAAUCUAAACCGUUACAGAAAAUUUCCUCUUAUUUCCCUUUUCUAAAGUAUUUAAGGUUCACGCAGCCUCACAGAAGGAGGCAUUAGAAGAGCACAAGCUAACAGGUUUACAGCUUCACGUUUAAAUUUGAAAACGUGUUUUCUAAACUGAUGGCUGUAUAUUUUCAGACCUUUCCAAAGCACUUGUUUUUCUUUGUAUAGCUUCUGCUUCAUUAUUCUAAUCUAAUAAAACCAUAGCUAAGGCUGAGAGCCGACUCUUUCUGGCUAAUGACA